AUGGGUCAUUUAGUUCUUUAUUAUUUAAGAGUUGUUUUGGGAGUGAUAUUGUUGUUGGUGUGUGCCUUAUAUGGUACGGUCUCUUCGAUUAUUUUUAAAUUGAUUGGUAAACAGUAUCUAUCGCAAUGGAGUACAGCACGUUGUUACUACUAUGUUAUGAAGUAUGGUAUGGGGAUCGAUGUUAAAGUUAUUGGUGAAGAAAAGUUGGCAAAUAAACCAUUCGUUGCUAUUUCAAACCACCAAUCUACAUUAGAUAUUCUUAUGUUAGGAAGAAUGUUUCCCAAAGGAUGUACUGUUACAGCAAAGAAAUCCUUAAAAUAUGUCCCUCUUUUGGGUUGGUUCAUGGCUCUAAGUGGUACUUUUUUCUUAGAUAGAAGCAGUAGAGAAAAGAGUGUUAAAACAUUAAAUAAAGGGUUACAACAAAUUAAGGAAAAGAAGAGAGCAUUAUGGAUUUUCCCCGAAGGCACAAGAUCAUAUGCUACUACUUUAGAUAUUUUGCCAUUUAAGAAAGGUGCGUUCCAUUUAGCUCAACAAGGAAAUAUCCCAGUUGUGCCUGUCGUUGUCUCCAACACAAGUACUAUCAUGAAUCCAAAGAAUAAAGUAUUUAAUAGAGGCGUCAUCACUGUUAAAGUGUUGGAUCCAGUCUCUACCGAUGGAUUAGCUAAAGAAGAUGUUGGUGAGUUUAGUGAAACUAUUAGAGAGUCAAUGUUAAAAGAAUUAAAAGAAAUUGGUUACUCUAAACCAAUCAAUGACACCACGGUACCACAGGAAUAUAUUGAUUAUAUGAACAAAAAGGGCCAGACAAAGAAGCCUGGAGAUAAUGUUGUUGGUGUUUCUACUGGUGUUUCUAUUAACGCAUGA